CAUGCCGAACCAUCGCACACCACCAUGACUCUAUCAACGCAACCGUUGUCAUGCAAACAUUUCGCUGAGACCGAUGAGCCGGAAUGAUUGCCCAUUUCGUUAUCAAUCUCCACCAUCUGUUCGCUCCUUGUAAGGCGCAGAGGAGGGGUUUUCAAGGGCACUUUUUGCCCGUUUUCUAUCACACGGACCUUUCUUUUACUGCGAGAGAUCGUAGCUGCUGGUCCUGGCUGCCAUUCCUUUCGCCUUUUCCUUUCGUUUCUUCUGGCUUGAGGCCUCGGGCUAGGCUUGUUUCCAAAAACCCUUCGUCCAAGCUGGAAUUUAUCAAACUCUUCGACCUUCUUUUUUCGGCGACCACUUGAUUGUGGUUAAGCAUUUCUUCUUUACAUUGUUAACUUCUAUAAUCCUAGCGGCGUUGCGGAUCUGUACACCUUCUCAGCACGCUCAACGGAUCAGGAUGCCAACAACGAUUGUUGCAUCUUUGUCUCUGAGCGAUGACACCGCAGUGGAGUCAGUUUUAGCAGACAUUCCAUUCUUCUGCGUAGGAAUUCUGGCGUUUGGUAUUUCGACUUUCUUUCUCGUAAUGAAGCAAGUGAAUUUACCUUCACUGUACCUUUAUCUGUCGGCUCUGUCGGCCUUUGCAGCUUCUAUCUUUGAUUUAAGUCAACUUCUCGCGAGGGGCAGUUAUAACGUCGUCCGAGGCUAUGAUGCAGACUCGGUUCGAGGUCUUAUCAAUACCAGAGAAGUCAGUCUCGCACUGUCAAUUGGCCUUCGUUUCAUAUUCUUUUGGACAUUCGUCGCUGAACGUCCUCGGGGUGAACCGCCCCCCAUUCCUCAAGAAGAUCGCAAGACCAAAUAUGAACCUCGAUAUCACGCCCACAGCGCCAGUUGGCAGCGUUGGGGAUAUCUUGGUUUCAUUCUCAAGUGGGGCCUUUUGGCACUCACGGUGGCCAUCCCUACCAUGCAGAUCAUCUGGAGGAUAGCUCAGCGUCAAUUUGGGCUGAUAUACACCGUCGAAUCCACCAUGGAGAUCGUGGCCUCCUCGUUAUUCAUUCUCAAACUUUUCCUCAACAUCUUUCUCUCCCCUCUCAGUCCAUGGUGGCUACGGUUUCUCUCUUACCUGGGUCCCAUUGCCGCUCUGUUGAUCAGUCUCGGGAUAGGUAUCGGACAAUUAGUACUUUUCGCUUUCUCGGAAACCACUCUUGGUCGAUUUCUCCAAGCUAUAGAGUUAUACAUCUUAAUUGUAUUCCUCCUAAUGGACGCUUUCUACAUAACGCCAGAAAUGCGCCGAUAUCAAGUACGGAAGGCACAGGUCUCCUCAUUCAAUGGUCUGGGUGGAUUCAGAAGCUCUGAGAGUCUACCCAGGCAGACUCUCAGCGCUGAGACGAUUGAUCAUAAUGACAUCCGUGAAUCUACACGGACUACCAGAGAGUCAGUCGUUUUAUCGGGACCUAGUUCCAGCGCGCAUGCCCCCUUGUUUUUGUGGGAUAGGAACGACCCAGAGCUAGGUGGUUCUUCUGGCCGGCGACACAGUUCCGCCAAGGAGAUGGUCUAUCCCACUUCUGAUUCGCGGACGAGCCCGCAGUCGCCACAAAUGCAGUCAGGUACCGAAGAUGCGCCACUUCCCCUGCCCGUGCCUCUCGAAGAGCUCACUCCGACAAAUAAAAGCGACUUGCCUCCUCUGCGACCCAAGACCGGUGUCUCUUUCUCUUCGUAUUAUCCGGAAGAUCACAGUUCAUCUUUACCCACCCCAAAACCCAAUUUCGUUUCGGAAGUCUCUGGCUCUGGCCCUGAUUCCCCGAUAUAUGGGCUGAAUGGUAUCAUUAGGGCUAUUGGAGACAACUCGCCGACCGGAAACAAAAGUGAAUCGCUGAAUUCUCGCAGCUCAACAUCUUUCGACGAACUCCUACGUCAGCAAAGCGAGCUCGAUCAAAGUAUUGCUGCGCUUCGUCUGUUCUCUCCCGAGGCCUCAACCGCAACCUUUUUGGAUGCAAAGGAUGUGGCUGCCCCAGACGCGCCAGCCAAAUCGACAUCGAUGGCUCCCACAGCGAGCACGGGUACCAAUUCAUAUAUCAAGGUGGAUUCUUCUUCAGUACCAAGCGAAUUUUCCUUGAGCAUCUUUCCUGAACCUCCAACGAAUGGCUCUGGCCUUCCCGACACUCCUGUUGCUUCAAUUGCGGGGCGGAACAUGAUAAUUCCGCCGUCGCCUACUGUCGAUGAAGUCCCUUCAAUGCCUACUUCGCCUAAUGGACUAAGUACCGGACGAUUUGGUUCAGGUGGAACUCAAUAUGAUGUAACGUCUUUCAUUGGUGGCUUGACACAUCCGUCAGAUAGCCAGCAGCCCUCGCUUAUCUUCAAAGGGACAGACUUGAGCGAUGUUGAAUCAAUGGAUGAAAGUCCUACUAUAGUCACAGGGACAAACAGGUCUGCGCGACCACUGCUGCUGAGCUCAACGAUGCCGUCGUUGGCCUCUCUACCUUCAAGGGAGAAUUCUUCCUCACUUGACCCAGUAUCCCCGCGGCAAAACGCGGCACUACGACCGUUUCUAUUGGGAAAUGUCACCUCAGCUCCAGCGACAUCGUCACCACUCUCAAGUACAGUGCUUACUACUCCAUAUGUUUCGCGAAAUCCGCCCAUUGGGCCACGUAGGCCAAUACCUAUAUUGGGGCGGUCUGCCGGUUACCGGCUCUUAAUCAGUGGUCCCAAACCAACGGAAAGAGUGGAAGAGCCGGACGCAUAUGAACGACCGCGACAGCCACCACCCAUUCUCUCGGAGCCGUCGGGUAGUACAGAAAGAUGACAACAUCAGAUUUUUUGCGGGUCGUAGAAACUGAUAAAUUAGCACAAAUUUGUAUUUGUAUUUUUCUGUAUUUUGCGUAGUAUUUUAGGGCUUCACUAUGACGUCACGCGG